GUGUGGAUGCCAAGAAGACGAAGAAGACGACGGUCGGAACCAGUGCUACUGCAUUUUGUUUCCGGGGGGAGUAAUUAUUUAGUGGGACCAAUGUUCCUGAUACUGCUUGCAGGUUGACAGUGUUGUAUUCAGCGCUGUUAUUUGGUGUCGGUGCUACAGACUGAUGAAAGAACAGUCCUGAAGAGGUGUUAUUGUACAUCUUUAAAGGGAAUGUUACUAUCCUGUGCUCUCCGCCAGUGCUGCGCACGGCACUAUAUACAGCAAGCAUUGUGUACUGCCCAGAAAUGUGUUAAAAACCUGAAUGUGAGAGGACUCUCUACCUCCUACAGCCAGCUGUGUGUCAGGAGAACCCCUCAGCGAUUUGUCAAUCAGAAACGAGGAGUUAAAUCUCACAGGCAGAAGCAGCAACAGGAGGAGGAAUGGAAGCGAAAAAACAAGACCAUCUUGACUUAUAUUGCAGCAGCUGGAGUUGGAAUGAUUGGGAUGUCGUAUGCUGCUGUGCCACUCUACAGACUGUACUGCCAGGCAUCUGGACUAGGAGGCACAGCGACAGCAGGACACGAUACAGAUGUUGUGGAAACAAUGAAGCCAGUAAAGGACCGCAUUCUUAAAGUGACCUUUAAUGCUGACACACACGCCAGCCUGCAGUGGAACUUUCGUCCUCAACAGUCAGAGAUCUAUAUUGUGCCAGGAGAAACUGCACUGGCAUUUUACACGGCUCAGAAUCCCACAGAUAAACCGGUGAUCGGAAUCGCUACGUACAACGUGGUGCCAUUUGAAGCAGGGCAGUACUUCAACAAGAUUCAGUGCUUCUGCUUUGAAGAACAGAGGUUAAACCCUCAAGAAGAGGUGGACAUGCCCGUUUUCUUUUACAUUGACCCCGAGUUUGAUGAAGAUCCCAGGAUGGCUCGAGUGGACACAAUUACACUCUCUUACACCUUUUUUGAAGCUAAAGAAGGACAGACAUUACCACUUCCUGGCUACAGUUAAACCUGCAGCACAUGCUACAGUAUGUUGUUUUGAGACUUAAGAUUUUUAAUAAACCAUAAAGAGAGAAGUAUUUAUGGAAUGAUGUUGCUAAAGCCUUUUCUCCUUAUUCUUACCAGUAUGUUAUCCAUGUUCAACUGAAACUAAUGCACCAUGACAAGGUUAUGAUGCUUCCCUUAAUAUGUUGUCAUGUAGGCGAUGACUUUUUACAGUGCAAUAAAUCAAUCAAGAGUA